AUGGAAGGUCAACCCGAGGCCGUCAUGUCUUUACAAUUUCAAUCAGAAACGCGGCGACGAAAGGGCUCCAAACACGACAAAACGGGAUGUCUGACCUGCCGAUAUCGGAGGAAGAAGUGCGUCGAGAAUACGUUUCCAAUCUGUGGAACAUGCUCCAGGUUGAAUCUGAAAUGCGUGCGAUCGACGGCUCGCGAUGUAGUCCCGACUACCUGGGUCGAACAGAAGAAGAGCACACUGCAGGCAACUCAGGCGCUACGACCGUCGACGAGAGAUAACUCGCAUCAACCAUUAUCGUCAUGUUUUCCGUUGCUUGCUUCACCUCCGGGCGUGGACCAGGGCGAACCGCCUCAGAAGCGACAAGUAAUGCGAUACUACAUUACAGUGCUGAGCCAUUUUUUGACUGCAAGCGAGCAGUUCAACUCGUUCCUAUCUGAGUUCCUACCAAUGGCUAUGGAAUCGAGUGUGCUUUACGAUGCACUGGUCGCUUUUGCUUCUGGUCACUUGUCACUCACGAAUGAGUCAUAUCGGGUCUCUGCCUUAGAAGCUCACUCGACAGCAAUCACCAACCUCGCCACAGCCCUCGCUAAACCACAACAUGAAAUCACAUGGUACGAAAUCAAAGCAGCAACAUGCUUGGCCUUUGUCAUAGGUGAGGUAUGCGUAGGAGAUAACGACGGGUGGUGUGCACACCUCAACGGUGCCAAGCUCAUCAUCGAGUCCGCCGUGGUCAAUCCAAGCUCAGGGACGACCUUGCGAGGACCUGAAGUCUUCAAACGGAGCUCCGAGGGUCAGUGGAUUCUUCGAAACUUUGCGUAUCACGACAUGAUUGGGAGUGUGACCAUGCGGAGGAGGCCGCUGCUAGACUGCAGUUAUCUGGAUGGCAUCACAGACGUUGUCGACACCUACCUAGGCGUCGCCACAGAUCUUUUACGCCAUGUAGCUACUUUGAGUAGCAUUGAUGAAGAGACCAGACUCGAUGUUGCUCUGGGGGCUGAGGAGAUAACCAGAAGAAAGAAGUUGUUCCAUGCCACCUGCGAAGGAGUCGAGCAAGAGCUGCAAGACUGGCGAUGUAGGCCAGAUGCCGCUCCAGAACUUGCUGCUCUGGCGCAUGCAUUUAGGAGCGCUGUUCUUAUUGUGCUAUUCCGACUGAUACGGAGUCGGCUGAGUUCGGAGGAAGAGACCACUCAAGGAGCAAGCUCUGAAGCCAUGACAGAGGAGAUGCUACCGACAAAGAUGCGGACGCAGGUGUCUAACAUCCUGAGGCACGUCUCAGAUAUUCCGGUCGGGUCACAUACUGAGUCGGCAAUACUCUUUCCUCUCUUCCUUGCUGGCGGCGAGGCGACUGAGGAUGAACACAUGGAUGCUGUUCGUGUUCGGUUGCAGAUGACGUUGCAGAAACGACGAUUCCAGAAUAUUUCUCGUUCUUUGAUAAUACUAGAAGAUUUAUGGCAAAGGCGGCAAAACUCAGGUUUGACAGAUGAAGCAGACUGGACUGACAUCUUGGACGAGACUGGGGAACAUCUUCUCUUGACUUAG